AUCCACUUCCCCCUUCUCGCCGAGGAAGAGCGUGAGAAAGGGUAUGGCACAGUCACAAGGCUGGGUGAAAAGAUACUUCAAGGCCUUUUGGAAAGGCUUCUUUGUGGCAGUGCCUGUGGCCGUGACUUUCUUGGAUCGGGUCGCCUGUGUGGCAAGAGUGGAAGGAGCAUCAAUGCAGCCUUCUUUAAAUCCUGGGGGAAGCCAGUCAUCUGAUGUGGUACUUUUGAACCACUGGAAAGUGAGGAAUUUUGAAGUACGACGUGGUGACAUUGUGUCAUUGGUGUCUCCUAAAAACCCUGAGCAGAAGAUCAUUAAGAGAGUGAUUGCUCUUGAAGGAGAUAUUGUAAGAACAAUGGGACACAAAAACCGUUAUGUCAGAGUCCCCCGUGGUCACAUCUGGGUUGAAGGUGAUCAUCACGGACACAGUUUUGACAGUAAUUCUUUUGGGCCGGUUUCCCUGGGGCUUCUGCAUGCCCAUGCUACACACAUUCUGUGGCCUCCAGAGCGCUGGCAGAAAUUGGAAUCUGUUCUUCCUCCAGAGCGCUUUCCAGUUCAGAGUGAAGAGGAAUGACACCGUGGGCCUACCUGACCUGCUGGCAUUGGGAUACCAAACACAGGAAGGGGAAUGGAGAAGAGAACCUUCCCAAAUGGAACAGUCUCCAACACCAUGAGGCUGUGCAAACCUAUCUCACUUAAGAUAAUCUGUCUUAUGAAAGAAAAAAUAAUUUAAAAUAUUGAACAGUAUUAAAUAACACCCGAUUUUGUGUUAACUUCUAGUACUCUACUGUUUAGUGCAGAGCUUGGGAAUAUGAAAAUACUGUAUCCAUAUGUCUUAAAAUGGUGAACUCGAGAUCAUUUGUUAUACAUACUAAGUGUAUUGAUUGUUGGGUUUUGAUUUUUCUGCUUACUGCUUAAAGAUUUUGAAAAUUAACAUUUGAUGAAAACAAUUUGCUGUUUGCUGUCAAGAUAGACCAUGAAAAUACAUGUUGUACAUACAGUGACAGGGAUUAUCAUUGACAGCAUCUACAACGCAGUGACUGCCAGUUAGGAAGAACACAUAAUGUCAAAAUAAAA